AACGAAACGUUUCGUGCAAAUGAUCGUCUUUUCGCAAAUCCAGACAACCGUAGUCAACUCACUCUUCUCUCUCCUCGCUAAACCUCUCAACUUCGUCGUCAAUUAGGGUUCCUGAAUCCUGCAAAUUUCUAUGCAAAUAUGAAGGAAAGAGAUUUGAGCAUCUAUGAUUUCAAGGAUGAAGACGAAUUGCCCGAAACUCUUAAUCAUUGGUCUAAACUCUCAAACCCUAAAUUCGAUGUUGAUGGUGAUGCGAUGACUAAGUAUCAAUCCCUCCAACACGCUUCUUCUGGGUCCAUUGCUCAGAUGAAAGAAAUUCGCAGCAUGAAAGAAAUUCGUAAUGUGAAACAAAUUCAUGUUGUUGCAAUUGAUGACGAUGAUCGUGGUCUUGUCAAUGAUGUUUCUGGUCGCCCUGAAAGUGAAUCGGAUAAAGCUGCUUCUCCACAAGCUGAGGUUUUUGGUGCUGUAUCAGACAGAAUCUUGCAAAAGCACUGUCAUUUUACUGGAGAUAGUGUAAAACCCGAAUGUUCGUCUUUGGACAUGGAGAUAAGGAUCUCCUGUCCUGCCGGACUUCCAUCUGGAAAUGGUCAUAUCAGUGAUUCCAUCCCAGAUUCACCAUGCAGUAAUGGUUCAGCUGAUGCCGAGGCAUCAGAAACUUGUGAUAGUAUUCAAGAGAGCUGUCCUUCCACUUCUGGUUAUGAGCAGGAAGAGGAUUAUGUAGAUGGACCAGCUGAGGAUCAAUUAGAUAGUGGUUGGUAUAUGGGGGAUAUGGAUAUGGAUAUGGAUAUGGAUAUGGGAGCUGUUUAUACUGAUUAUGUCUCCUACGGUGAUAAAUAUUUUCCUGGCUGCCAUAUAUUGUUUUCCAAAACCUCAAUCAAAAUUGAGAUGUCAACCUUAGAAGAGGAAUCUGAGGCAUCUAGGUCCGAAUGGAGACUGGAUGAGAUUUUAAAAAUUGAGUCACAGUGGAGUAACGUUGCUUGUACUGCUAAAGUGAAAGUCUACCUUUUCACAAGGGAUGCAGUAGAAGCAGAAAAUGCACAUGGCAUGACAGGCAUUGAAGUAUUGGAAUUCUUGGUUCAUGAUCCUGAAUGGCUCCAGAGACAAGAGUGGAUCAUGACACUUGAUACUAGGUACCAGGCUCUCUGGAACCUUGGGCUGAAUGGCAAAAUUUGCGAAGGAGGUACAAAUCCUUUAGAGAACUGUGAGUCUUCUUCUGAUUCGUAUCUUCCCAAUUUCGAGGAGCCUUUUGAAGAGGUUGUCUACCCCAAAGGUGCUGUAGAUGCGGUUGUAAUCAGUAAAAGAGAUGUGGAUUUAUUGGAGCCUGAUACUUUCCUUAAUGAUACAAUAAUUGAUUUCUAUAUUAAGUAUUUAGAGAAUGAAAUUGCUUCCACAGAAAGAGGCAGAUUUCACUUUUUUAAUUGCUUCUUUUUCCGCAAGCUGGCUGAUCCAGACAAAAACCCAUCAGGUGUUUUUGAUGGCAAGGCUGGUUAUCAACGUGUUCGGAAAUGGACAAGGAAAGUGAACAUAUUUGAGAAGGAUUACAUUUUUAUUCCGGUUAAUUAUAAUCUUCACUGGAGUUUGAUUGUUGUAUGCCAUCCUGGUGAAGUUGCUAACUUCAAUGGUCCCUUGAUUUCAGAUGAGAAUGUUGAUGAAUCUGUGAAGGUUCCUUGUAUAUUGCAUAUGGACUCUAUCAGAGGAAGUCAUGCAGGGUUAAAGGAUCUCAUUCAAAGCUACCUCUCAGAAGAGUGGAAAGAGAAGCAAAAAGAGACUUCUGAAGAUGUAGUUUCGAAAUUUUUAAAUCUUCGAUUUCUGUCACUUGAGCUUCCACAGCAGGAAAACUGUUCUGAUUGCGGCCUUUUCCUGCUUCAUUAUGCAGAACUCUUUAUAGCCGAAGCACCUCAUAAUUUCAGUCCUUUCCAGAUCAAUAAGUUUGAGAAUUUUCUUAAGCCGGAUUGGUUUAUGCCUGCUGAAGCUUCUCUUAAGCGUGUUCGUAUCCAGAAAUUGAUCCAUGAACUCCUUGAAAAUCGGCCGUUGGACAAUGCUACAACUUGUAAUCAUGACUCCCAAGGGUCACAACCCACAGCAUUACCAGAAAAUAAGGAGAAUGACAAUGGCAUAGAGUUUAUUUCAGAGAGGAGCCCAUUGAAACCUGUGAAUUCUUUGCACUCCCAACCUGUUCUGGGGAUGGAAAUGGGUCUGCUGGAUAUGCCCUCGCUAUAUAGGACUCCUGAGUGCAGCGAUGCCUCAAGCAUAGCCCGUAUAGGUAUGAGAGAGCUUUUUGAACAGUGUCAUUAUGAUCAAGGAGCUUCAUUUGGGCGGCCUGGAUGUCCAAUGCCAACAAUCAAGGAGGAAGUAGGAGAUGUUGAGCAUCUUGACCCCUCCACUUUGGGCCAAACUGAACUUCCGCAAAUGAAUGAAAUAACUUCUGAUGCUUGUGACAUUGGUUAUACACCCACAGAUUUUAAUAGUGGGUUUCAAUGGAACUUGAGAAUGUCAAAUCAAGGGGAGCCUGAGGAUAACUCACCACCUUCUUCGAAUUGUUCUGAUGACUCUGAGGAUAUGAUGAUCAUUGAAUCUGAGCAAGAAUUCCAAGACGUUCUUGGUCAAAAUCAAAAUUUUGAUCAACUGAAAGAAAAUAUAGACAGUUUGACAGAAAGCUAUGCCUCUGCUUCUAGUGAUAUGAUGGAGACCCCAGCUGAGGAUUCUCAGGAGUUGGCUAAAAUUUACGGGGACAAUGAUAUGGAGGAUUCACGUGUAUAUCAAGUAGAGGCUGAGAAAUUUUCAAAGAAUGAUCUGGAGGAAUUACAUACUACUAAUCAAAUAGAGGCAAAGGAAUUGCCAAACAGUGAUCUGGAAGAAUCACAUACUCCGAAUCAAGAAGAGACAAAGGAAUUAUUAAACAAAGAUCUGGAAGAAACCCAAACUCCGAAUCAUGAAGAGGCUAAGGAAGAAACCCAAACUCCGAAUCAUGAAGAGGCUAAGGAAGAAACCCAAACUCCGAAUCAUGAAGAAGCUAAGGAAGAAACUCAAACUCUGAAUCAUGAAGAGGGUAAGGAGCAAUCUCAUCAAGAAUUCCAGAAUAUUGGAGAUGAAGGAGAAACUGCAGGCAUUAAUGAGAUGGUUGAAGAUUCAGCUUCAGACUCAGAUGAGGUGCGACUGGCAAAGAGAAUUCGGCUUACACCUUCAGGUGAAGGCGAAACAGAAAUUGUAAGAAGCUUGUCUAAGGAACUGGAGGUAUGAGGCCCCCAAUUUAUAGAAAUGUAAAUGUCCUUUAAUCUUUUUCUAUCUAGGAUCUUUGGGUUUGCCAUGGGGUGUGAAUAUCUUCAGUGUUGUAACAUGGCGAUUUGGCAAUGCUAACAGUCUGAAUUAUUUGUUUGGGUCCAUAUUUUUGGGUCCAAGAAACUCUAAAUGUUCUAUACUUCUAGUUAUUAUUAAGAAUCAGGCAUUUUAGUAUUACCUUCUGUUCUGGGCUUCUGGCAUAUGCUGCAGUAUAGUUUAGUUGUCAAAAUUUUCAUUCUUGAUCAUAAAUAUCUGAAAAUAUGUAUUGAGUUCUAACGCGAAAUUUAUUACUCUUGAUCAGAAAUUUUUGAAAA